AUGGACGCGUUGCGACGAUGGACGACGGGAUACGAUGACGUCGGGGAGUCGAGACGCGCGGAUGGGUCUGGAUCGCGCGCGCAGGAGCCUGGGAUUGAUUUGACGACUCUGAAGGAUGGCCUCGCGAGCUCGAUGCGAUCCGUCGCCGAUCGCGGCAUGGCGCUCUUCGGCGUUGAGCACGGCGGAGACGAUGGGCAGAAGGGGAACGCGGCGCACAUGAAACCGCCCACGCCGGAGUGGGAUAAAGAGGCGACGGGUGGGCGACCGGCGGAGCGGGCGUCGUACGAGCGACGAGGCGGCGGCGGACCGACGGAACCGAGAGAUUUCGGCGACGUUGGCUCGGGUGGGAAAGGCAUGGCGAGUUAUUCGUGGGAUAAUCCACCGCCCAAGCCCGGGAGGGCGAACGAGAGCGACGAGGAUGAGGACGCGGUCAAGGAGAAGACGAUGGAAGAUUUGUUCGGGAUGGAUAAAGAACCGUCGAAGAAAUUGUUGAAGAAAAAGGCGGCGCGAGCGAAGGAACCCGGAGCACUCCACGCCGCGGUGUACGCCGGUGAUACCGUCGACGCUCGAGAGCUCCUCGAGCUCGGGGCGAACGUGAACGAGGCGAAAUCAGAGGAAGAUUCUAAGACGCCGUUGCUCGUCGCCGCGAGCAAGGGCAACGCGGACAUGGUCAGACUCUUGCUCAAGAAUGGCGCUGACCUGGACGCCAAGGACGAUUGCGAUAACAACGCGCUGCACAUCGCGUGCUCUAAGGGUCACGCAGACGUCGCGAAUCGACUCAUCAAGGCUGGAUGCGAUGUUGCAUCGAUCGCGGGCAACGGCGCCACCGCGCUUCACCUCGCGGCGAGAAAAGGUCACGACGACGUCAUCGAUCUCUUGCUCGAGCACGGGAUGGACAUCGAAUCCGUCGAUGGUAAGGGCGCCACCGCACUGCAUGCCGCGUGCAGCGGAGGAUACGAGCACGUCGUGCUGUUGCUCAUCAAGCACCGCGCGAAUGUCCACGCCGUGGAUGGCAAGGGCAAGACGCCGCGCCAAAUCGCCACGAAAAAGGGACACGACGAUUGCGCCAAGAUCAUCAAAAAAGCCAUCAAAGAAGAAGAGGCCAACGCAGCGGCGACAAAGAGGCUCGCUGAGGAACGCGCUCAGCGCGCCAAGCUCAAGGAGGAAGCCGAAACCAAGGCGGCGCUCGAGGCGCAUCGAUUGCACGAAAUCGAAGUCCAGCAUCCCGAAGCUCCGGCGAACGACGUCGUCGAGGGAUCUCCCGCAGUCUGCGAAGAAACCGCGACGGAAGUCGAAGAAUUCGCGGAAUCCACCGGCGAACCCAUACCUGAAACCGUACCCGAACCCGAAAUGGCUGAGGAAACGUGA